CAGGUACUCUUUGGAAAAGACCCGGAUGCUGGGAAAGAUUGAAGGUGUGUGUGACGUCGGGGCGCAUUUGUCAGUGGGAAAAUCUGAACAUUUAAGAGCCCAUCUCCAGGAAGUAUCUGCCCCACCGACGGAUCUCAAGCAAUCUGUCAUCUGCAGAACCAGCCAGAUCAGCGUCCUUCUCCCGGCCUUGACCUACAGGGCACCUACAGCUACUAAGAGAGGUGUGGCACGUAAGUGUGAGCAGAGCAGCUGAGCAUGAGUAGGGUUGAGUUAGAAGAGCCAGAAGACAAGAGGGAUAAGGAAGGAGCUCCGGGCGAUAGAUACCAGAGUAUGGCUGAGUGCAGCCCUAAGUCUGCAGCCCUUGCUGCGGUGCCACUGUGUCGCAUCCAACUCUGGUUGCCAUUGGACCUGUGGGGGCCCUGCUCAGUGAUUGGUCGACACUGCAGUGGGCCCCGCCCACAAGCAACCAACAGUCAGAGACAAUUUGGUGGUCCUGCUCAGUCAUUGGUCAGCACUGCUGUGAGCCCCGCCCACAAGCAACCAGCUGUCAGGGAGAGACUUGAGAGGAUUCAGCCAACAGUCGUCCAGCAGUGGAGUGGUGGUCCUCAGGUGGACAGUGAGGUAUAUCAGUUCAGUUCAGUUGCUCAGUCGUGUCCGACUCUUUGCGACCCCAUGAACUGCAGCACACAGGCCUCCCUCUCCAUCACCAACUUCCGGAGUCCACCCAAACCCAUGUCCAUUGUGUUGGUGAUGCCAUUCAACCAUCUCAUCCUCUGUCAUCCCCUUCUCCUCCUGCCCUCAAUCUUUCCCAUCAUCAGGGUCUUUUCAAAUGAGUCAGCUCUCCGCAUCAGGUGGCCAAAGUAUUGGAGUUUCAGCUUCAGCAUCAGCCCUUCCAGUGAACACCCAGGACUGAUCUCCUUUAGGAUGGACUAGUUGGAUCUCCUUGCAGCCCAAGGGACUCUCAAGAGUCUUCUCCAACACCACAGUUCAAAGGCAUCAAUUCUUUGGCGCUCAGCUUUCUUUAUAGUUCAACUCUCACAUCCAUACAUGACUACUGGAAAAACUAUAGCCUUGACUAGAUGGACCUAAUUCUACAAAAUAUUAUCACAUGUGUAGAUUUGUGUAAACACUGACAUAUUUACGAGACAAAAUUAUUUCAUUGCAUAAAAGAAACUCUGUGACUUCAUCCCUUUAUAAUUAGUCAUAUUCUCCUUAAAACUUAAUGCCUGACAGUGAUUUGUUCAUUAUAACUUUGUCAUUUUGAGAAUGUUAUAUAAAUAAAAUCCUACAUAUAAACUGUUUUAAUAAGAAUUUUUUCUU